ACAGCUGCUAGCAGCGCGCAGUUCCGACCCACAGCCGGGCACCCAUCGGCCAGCGCUGUUUGUUUAGGGCUCGGCGAGUCCAAUCAGGAGCGCAGGCUGCAGUUUUCCGGCGGAGCGGAGCUAGAAGUCACCUAGGAGCGGCGCCGGACCGUGGAUGGCAGUGACUGACCGCAGCUGGAGUCUGCCGAAGCGCAUCGGGGCCGCCGCCGCCAGCGACUCCGGGGCCUUUCCAGCCCGGGAACCUUCCACGCCGCCUUCCCCCAUCUCCUCGUCGUCCUCCAGCUGCUCCAGGGGCGGAGAGCGCGGCCCCGGCCACUGCCGGACGCCGCAGCUCGACACGGAGGCGGCGGCAGGACCCCCGGCCCGCUCGCUGCUGCUCAGCCCCUACGCCUCGCACCCCUUCGGGGCGCCCCACGGACCGUCGGCGCCCGGGGUCGCGGGCCCCGGGAGCGCCCUGUCGAGCUGGGAGGACCUGUUGCUUUUCACUGACCUGGACCAGGCCGCGACCGCCAGCAAGCUGCUGUGGUCCAGUCGCGGCGCCAAACUGAGCCCCUUCGCCCCCGAGCAGUCCGAGGAGAUGUACCAGACCCUCGCCGCCCUCUCCGGCCAGGGCCCCGGCGCCUACGACGGCGGCCCCGGCAGCUUCGUGCACUCGGCCGCCGCGGCCAGCUCCCCGGUCUACGUGCCCACCACCCGCGCGCCGCUGACGCCCGCCUGGACCGCGGGGCCCUUCGAGACGCCGGUGUUGCACAGUUUGCAGAGCCGCGCCGGAGCCCCCCUGCCCAUGCCACGGGGCCCCAGCGCAGACCUGAUGGAAGACCUGCCCGAGAGUCGCGAGUGCGUGAACUGCGGCUCCAUCCAGACGCCGCUGUGGCGGCGCGACGGCACCGGGCACUACCUGUGCAACGCCUGCGGCCUCUACAGCAAGAUGAACGGCCUCAGCCGGCCCCUCAUCAAGCCCCCCAAACGCGCGCCUGCAUCGCGGCGGCUUGGAUUGUCCUGUGCCAACUGUCACACCACAACGACCACUUUGUGGCGCAGAAACGCCGAAGGCGAACCUGUGUGCAAUGCUUGUGGACUCUACAUGAAACUCCAUGGGGUGCCUCGGCCACUUGCUAUGAAAAAAGAAGGAAUUCAAACCAGGAAACGAAAACCAAAGAACAUAAAUAAGUCGAAGGCUUGCUCUGGUAAUAGUAAUAAUUCAGUUCCUAUGACUCCAACUUCCACCUCUUCUAACUCAGACGACUGCACCAAAAACGCUUCUCCUACCACGCAACCAACAGCCUCAGGGGCAGGUGCCUCCUCAGUGAUGUCUGGCCCAGGAGAGACCCCCAACCCCGAGACCAGCGAACUCAAAUACUCCGCUCCAGACGGGCUGUACAUAGGGGUCAGCCUGGCCUCCCCGGCGGAAGUGACGUCCUCGGUGCGGCAGGAUUCUUGGUGCGCUCUGGCGCUGGCCUGAGCCUGCGGUCACAGACAGGAAGUGGGGGGCACCCGCCACGGGCCUCACGACGACGUUGGUAUGACUUCAUCGAGCAGUCCAAACUGAACGCCGACGGAACAUUCCCCGACGGCGUCCUUUCCGUGCCUUUAUUCCGAACGACAUGUCAUUUCCCAGAGGCGCGCGCCUCCGCCGGACCGGCCAGCCCUCCCCUCCGAGCGGAGGGAUAGGCCAGCGCAGCCCCAGAGCACGCGGCCUCCGCCCUUUGCCAGACCCUGGUGCUGCCAGCCUGCCCCGGGCUCCCUCCAGCCGGGCUUGGUGCCUGUGCGUCACUUCCGGGAAGCAGGACGGGGCGGGGCCUCCCCUGCUAAGGACCCUUGAGAGAGAUUGUUAGGAAACCUUUGAUGUGUAGUGUCUCAGAUCAUUUGCCUUCUGGUCGAUUUGGGUUAUUCACGGAUUUCCUCAUACCUUGACCACAUCCAAAUGCCACCUGUGCUCACGGAGAAGAUUCUUCGAGGCCGUUUGUACACACCUGGAGGUUGCGUGGGUUCUUGAGGGCUCUUGUCAAAAACCGUGCCUCGCUUGGCCAGACUGCAUCAUACCAUUAACAUACACCGUGACUGAAUGUCCUCAAAGUUCACAGCGCGUGGCUGGUCUCAAGUCCGCCGGAAUUUGUAAACAGGGUAGCAAACAAGAUAUUUUUCUUCCAUGUAUACAAUCAUUUUUUUAAGUGCAAUUUGCGUUGCAGCAAUCCAGUGUUAAAUCAUUUACAUAAGAUUUAACAACAUUUUUUUUAUAAUGAAUGUAAACAUUUUAACUUAAUGGUACUUAAAUAAUUUAAAAGAAAAAUGUUAACUUAGACAUUCUUAUGCUUCUUUUACAACUACAUCCCAUUUCUAUCUUUCCAAUUGUUGAAAAUAUUUCAAGAACAAAUCUUCUCUCAGGAAAAUUGCCUUGCUCCAUUUGUUAAGAAUUUUUAUACAAGACCACCAAUAGGCCCCCUUUAUUUUACUGUGGAAUAUGUGCUGGAAAGAUUGCAACAAAACUACAACCUAACAGAUAACAUUUGUAUAUACGCUGAGAUAUCCGGGCAUCUUUAAACACUAUGAUGAAGUCUGUAUAUUGUGACCAACCCACGGGCAGGUUGGCUUACAUGAAUUUUUUUUUAAAUGGGAUGUCAUAUGGAAACCGAUUUCACCAGAGUUUUAAAAAUAAUAAAAAAAAAAAACCAAGGGUGUUGUUUUA